CUUGACAAUCUCUCUCUCUCUCUCUCUGUCUCUCAUCUUCGCUAUAUUUUCUCUACUUUACAUGGGCUUUGGACCGUUAAUACCCUAAUCAAUCUCUAUCCAAAAUUUAUCCUUGAUUUUCUUUCUGGGUCUCCAUUUUCCCUGGGAAUCGAAUAAUUUCUUGUAGUUUCCCUCUUUUUUUCGUCUGGGUAUAUCUCAGAUUUCAAAAUGGGGAAAAAUCAAGCCUACAAAGCUAUGCAGAGAGCGAGACUUGGCUCGAGCUCUGCCGGUCCCGAAGAGAUCGAAGAUGGCAUGGUGGAUGGUUCUUUUCAUUCACCAGAGUGGCAUGCUGCUCGUUUGGCCAGCCUUAGAACAUCUCACACAGUGACAUGGGAAGAGUUCAAGAGAAAGCAAAAGGAAGAUGAAAUGAAAAAAGGAGAAUUGGAAGCUGAUACAGAUAGGAUGAUGCGUGAGUACAGAGCUCAACUUGAUGCUGAAAGGGCACGAAAACUUGCUCAUGGAAGGAACCACUCUAGCAAGUCUAAUCAUAAAAGGGAUAGAAGGGACAAAGAUUUAAAGCAUCGCAGCAGCAGAAAGAGAAAGCACUCAAAACGGCGAUCUUCAGAUUCUAGCACGUCAAGUUCAUCUUCAGAGUCUUCAAGCAGUGAUGAUGAGGAGAGAGAAUCAAGAAGAUCAAAGUCCAGGUCAAAGAGAAUGAAGAAGGAAAAGAAGCAUAGCUCGAGAUCCAAGCGCUCAAGAAGUGACGAAGAAGAGGCUGAUGGUCCUGUGCCACUUUCAAGGUUCUUUGGAAGCAUCAAGAGCUAAUGGCAUGUGGAAGAUGAUUUUACAUACAAAAGUCUUCAUUGAACAAGAAGUCAGUUGUCUUCUUUCUCAUUUUUCUUCACCUUAUGAUCUUUGUAAUAAUAUUAGUUUGCUUGAUAUUCGUCCUCCUAGAAAUUCAUUCCAUUGUCUGUUCCUAUUGGAUUAUUAGGCUGCCUUUGGUUGGGAAAAGGAGAGGAUAGCAUAAAACUAGACAAGAGGAUUUGUACCAUUUGUGUUUGAUUUGUGUAAUGUAGGACAAAUAGUCCUGUUUUGAAUCUUUGGAAUUUGGAUAAAAUAGAACAUUUACUAAUGAUAAUAAUUUCAUUAUCUUUCUCA